AUGUCAGAAGGUGUCAAAAGCUGCCAGGUCAUCACAGAAGAAGUGAAUGGAGGUGACGGCUGGGCAUUUGAGCGUGGCAGCUACCACUUAAGUGGCUCACGUGGACCUGAAUCUGGGGCGUAUCUGCAAAUCUGGAAGAAAGUGAACGGACAGUGGCUGAUUCAUAACGAUUGUUUCAAUGUCAUCAAACCUGCAGCCAAGAAAUGA